UUUCGGUUUCCGUUUCCCCGCCGGGGCGGGACGUUCCCGGCGCUGCCGAGCUGUCGGGCGGCCGGCGAGCGGAGGAUGGCGGCGGGACGGCGGCGGCGGGGCACGGGAGAGCACACGCAGGCACAGAGGCAUGAGAAGGUGCAGUGUUCAAACCACGAUGCGACACAUACGCUCGUUCUCUCCCCUGAUGGGAAGCUUUCUGAACACUGGGCUACAGCUUCAGCUGACUGCUCUACGACAAGGGUGGUGAAAGAACUAGGAAACCAAGACAUUGUUCAAAUAGCAUGUGGGGACCAGCACGCCAUGGCGCUGUCCAGAGGAGGUCAGCUCUUCACCUGGGGCCAGAAUGCCCACGGACAGCUUGGAGUGGGGAGCCAAACCGCGCUCAUCCCCCAACCACAGCUGGUGGAAAGACUAAAGGGCCUCUCACUCGCUCAGAUUGCUGCUGGAGGAGCUCACAGCGUUGUCGUGUCACUCUCUGGAGCUGUGUACUCCUGGGGAAAGAAUGAUUUUGGACAGCUGGGACUCGGAGACACAGAAGACAGGGACUGCCCAUCGUACGUAGGAGCAUUAGAGCACUGGAAGGCUGUAUUUAUCUCAUGUGGGGCAGAUCAUACUGCAGUUCUCUCCAAGGAGGGGUUGGUGUGCACCUUUGGAGCAGGAGGGGCUGGCCAGCUCGGUCACAACUCCACCCGGAAUGAACUCACACCUCGCGUGGUGGCCGAGCUGUGGGGAGCAAGAGUUUCACAGAUUUCCUGCGGCAGUCAGCACACCCUGGCCUAUGUCCCCUCCUUGGACAAAGCCUAUUCAUUUGGUGAAGAAGAACAGCUGGGAGACAAGAGAAAGCCUAAUCAGUUGAUACCACUUCCCAUCGAUUCACCAGUGAAUACUGGAAAAUCCUAUUGGGCAAAGAAAAAGUCACAAAAGGUGACUGGAAUUAUUGCACAAGGAAACAAAAGUAUUGUCCUUCGCAGGAAAAAGAAUUCCUAUGUGAAUGGAAUUGCCACUCUGAAGCAUGAAGACAUGGGUGCGUGGAUUUCUGAUUGCAGUUCACAACACUGGAAGAGUGUGAAAAAGAAUAUCGGACUGAUCUUUUCAUCUGAGGCUUGCAUCAAUGGAAGCUUCCUGGAGAAAAGAGACAAACAUUUCAAAACUUCCAGAGAAGUCUCGGGUGUAGACAUGUCAGAAGUGCAACGUUUUUAUGUGAUGAUCAGCAAGAAGCCAAAAGUCUUCCAGGAGGUGCAAAAGGAGAUUGAGAAGUUACUGCCAUCAUUGUCGUCUUCUCCGAUCUCACCUGAAAAUUUCAGAGUCUACUUGAUCUUGCCUUUCCUUCUGCAGGGAGAGGAUGACAGCUCUUACCGUUCUCUCAGGCUGCUAGCACAAGCCAUCAUGAAACUCAAGCCACAGGACCUGCAAACUCUUGAGUGCCUGUGGUCAAAUCUAGAAACAUAUUUUUUCAAGCAGCUGGUCAUUCUCUAUCAGAGGGUUUCCCAGAAAAACCUGCUUCAAUUUAUCAUGAAAGUCAGAGAUCAGCACAGAACCUUCAACCUGCACCCAGAUGAAACAGUGACUCUGGAAAUACUGCAGAUUCUUUACCAGGUGAACUCCAGAACUGGUUUCAGAGUACAAGCAAACAACUUCUAUGUGCCUGAAGUGAAACAGCUUGUCAUAUUGUUUAAUGAAAAAAUGGCCCUGUGGAAGCUGACCAAAUAUCCAUGCAUCUUUGACAUGCAAGACAAGAUCGCCAUUCAUUAUAGAGAAUGCAUCUUUCUGUCCAGCUCCUUAAAUGAUACAAGCUUAAUACCGACGGGCCAGGAACGCUGGCUUUUUCCGGUCAAAAGACAGUGCCUUCUGCAAGACAUAUGGACCCAUUUAAAUAACGCACAAACCAAGCAAUUCAAGAUGAUCUUAAAGGUGUCGUUCGUGGGCGAGCCAGGAGUGGACGACGGCGGGCUGUCCCAGGAGCUCUUCAGCAUCGCCGCCAGGACCCUCUGCCAGCCCGGAACCGGGGCCUUCCGCCCCUUCGCCUCCGGCCUGAUGUGGUUCCCCAGCCAGGCCUCGAGCUGUGAGGACACCUUCUUCAGGAUCGGGACGCUGUGCGGAAUGGCCCUGUAUAACAGGUGCAUGGCUCCCUUCCCCUUCCCCAGGGCUCUCUACAAGAAGCUGCUGGGCCUGGCGCCCGCCCUGGAGGACCUGGAGGAGCUGUUGCCAGUCGUAGGCCGGAGUCUUCAGGGAAUUUUGGAUGAAGAAUGUGAUCAUAACCUUGAGAGCCUGGACAUGAACUUCACGGUAGUGGAAGAAGGAGGUUCCAUGGUUGUUGUUGAACUUAAAAAAAAUGGUGCCAACAUUCCUGUCACUAAGGAUAACAGGAAAGAAUUUGUUGACUUGUAUGUGAAUUAUGUGUUCAAUGAAUCGAUACGGAAGCCGUUUGAGGACUUUAUGCAAGGGUUUUUAAGAGGCUGCCCAGCUAGAAAGUGGAAGAUAUUUCUCCCUGUAGAGCUCCAGACUGUUCUCCAGGGACACACAAAAUUUGACUGGUAUCUGCUGGAAAAGAAUGUGGCGUACAUACAGUAUAAAAAGUUAGAUCAAACUAUCAGGAAUUUUUGGACUGUUUUUCACAAACUGCCAGAAGAAAAAAAGAAGAGCUUUCUUGCAUUUUUGUCAGGAUCUGAUCGAAUCCCUGGCUAUGGACUGGAAUAUUUUAAAUUUGGUAUCGCAGAUCCUCAAGCAGGAAACCCAGAUGAGCUCUAUCCUUUUGCCUGUACCUGCAGUCACGUUUUGUUCCUCCCCAGAUACAGCAGUAAAAGAAUACUCAAGAAAAUGUUGCUCUGUGCCAUAGAGCAUGAUGAACAUUUUGGCUUUUGCUAACUCUUGGUCAGGAUCACUUUACAGCAAAAAUAAGAAAACAAGUCUUUGUUUCACUUGUCAUAUUUUUCUCUUAAUAACUCCAAUUUACUGGUUUCUACCCUGCCUUAUUUUUACUGCACUUUAUAAACACUUGCGUGGGUGUAUUCACUGAGAUUUUAUAUUGAUUCUAAAAAUGAGCUUAGACCAGGUACCUGAUUGUUAGAUUAUAAAGUUAGGAAUCCUAUUUAACAUACUUCCAAGAAGCAAGCCGAUAACCAAGUAUAUUUACAUAUCUGUGCAUCCUGCCUGCACUGUGCUGGUCUUGUUCAGUUGGUGAGCUUUCAGCAGCAGGGGUUCUGGGAUGUGUACAUUACCAAACAUGCAGGCAGCGUAUGCUAGGCAGUCAUCUUUGCAAGAGGAGGCUGGGGCAAAGUUUUCAUCUGUGUUAAUUAAGGAUUCUCUUGGGGAGCAACUGAUGCUAAGGAGAUAGAUUCCUGCAAACUGUGAAUUGAAGGAGCAGUCUGUGCCUUUGACUUACCUGGGAGAAGUUCUUAGGAAGAUGAUUUGAUUACUCCCAGACUUUGUCAAAAGCAGUAUUUGUAAAGGACUUUUAAAUUUAAAUGGACUUUUUAUUAUUUAGUGUGAUAACACUGUGAUAUUUGUUGUGUUUCUUUGUAUCUUCUCGGGAGAUGUUUGGCAAUUAAAUAAAACAAAAUUUUAGGCCUGCAGAACGGCUCUGUCUACAGAACCUGUGGACAUGGAGCUUGCAGGCUGCUGGAAGCUCUCUGCCAAAACAGUGCAUAGCACUGGCAGGGCAUUGACAAUGUCAGGCAGGGUGUAAAGGCAGGAUGUGUACUUUUGUGUAUAUUUUGCUUUGUGUAAAAAAUAGAGAGACAGACAACAAUUAUGAUUUUUCAGCAGUCCUCUUCCCUUUAGUGUGUUAAAUGUGUCAGUGGACAUACAUAUGUAAAGAAAACUUACUGUGUUGAAUUAAAUGAUGAUUGAUUAAAUUUCCA